AUGCCCAAUCUCAAAUCAAUUCGCACCUUGAUUCUCGCUUCAUCAAAAUACUACGAAACAUACAAGAAGUUCCGCUCUCAGGUCCUCUAUGAUCUACUCCUUCGCCAACACAAUGAUGAAGUCGACAUCACCGAAGCAGUCGUCGCCAUGCGUUCAGAGGGCGUUCUAGCCGAAGAUAUCCGUAAUCGAGAGAUGAUAUUUGAGCUAUUAGACUGUCGACGUCGAGGUUCGAAGGAACGCAAAACCAAAUUCAACCAUGCCUCUUUCACUGUUAACGAAAUUUUGAAGAUGGUGGAAAUGCAUCAAGCGGCCGAAUACUUCUUAGAGGAUUACGCAGUUUCCAUUCCGGUGCCAGUGUGGUGGGAUCAUAAAUCACGCCAAUGGAAAACUCCGAUAUCUUUCUCGCAUACGGAGCGAGCGCGAUUCUUUCGAGCUUUUUAUCGACUUCAAACAUGGUGUCAUAUAUUUGGGCAGCCGGAAUAUCGUUGUUCGUCAGCUUCUUCUUCCUCCUCCUCCUCCUCCUCCUCCUCUUCUUCUUCUUCUUCUGCUUCCCCCUUUUCAGCAGGCCUCGGUCGACAAUCUGAAAAUGAGUGGACGGAUCGAACUUUCACUCACGAACAGGCAUGGCGUAUGAUAUGGGGCACGAUGCCGCCUUGGGAGAUUGAGGAAGUUGGGUGUCUUUUGGAUUACUUUAUGUUAAAAUACAUACAUAUCUUCCAGGAUAUUACGGCCGCUCUUAUUAAUAGAUAUCAUCCUGGUAAUUCAGCAGAAGAGGAGGAUGAUAAUCCUGAUCCUUCGUCACCGAAUUCAUUUUCUCGGGGGACUCCUACACCCGCGGUAGGAACGGAGCCGCUGAGGUCGAUCCAUAUUUCUUAUGAAUUAGACGGAGAUCCAUGGUCCUUGGCAAGAACCUUCCGCUACUCCAUGAUCGAAAUUGGCCCUUGCUUCCUUUACAAAAUCCUGCAACAACCCUACGACGAGCGACACGUUGCCGUCUCCCACAAUUUACGUAGCGUCUUCACCACGAAACUAUGGGAAGUGACCGGCCUUAACGAUGAGCAAAAGCUACCCCUCGUCUCACCAGCUGAUAAGUACGAGCGGGAGGGUCUUGCCACCGUCAUAUCCUCGUGGCAUGUUUUGGAUCGGCCAAAUAAAGCCUGGAUAAGACAUUGGGCAGGCUUGGAAGGACAACUCCAUCCACGUCUGUGGCUGGGUGGUGAGUUUAGUCUUUAUAGUUCGUAUCCUACUAUGCAUAGGAGGGAGUGGAAAUGGGGGUAUGUUCUUUGGGAUGAUGAGCGGUUGGAUGAGUGGAAAGCGUAUCUCAGCACUAGACAUUAA